AUGGCGCGCACAAAGCAGACAGCCAGGAAAUCAACCGGGGGCAAGGCACCCCGGAAGCAGCUGGCAACAAAGGCGGCACGGAAGUCGGCCCCCGCAACCGGAGGAGUGAAAAAGCCUCACCGAUUCCGCCCCGGAACGGUGGCGCUGAGGGAGAUCAGGAAGUACCAGAAAAGCACUGAGCUUUUGAUAAGGAAAUUGCCAUUCCAGAGGCUUGUUAGGGAGAUUGCUCAAGAUUUCAAGACGGAUCUUAGGUUCCAGAGCUCUGCCGUGGCGGCUCUACAAGAGGCUGCUGAAGCUUACUUGGUUGGACUUUUUGAGGACACCAAUCUCUGUGCUAUUCAUGCCAAGAGAGUUACUAUUAUGCCUAAGGAUAUCCAGUUGGCCAGGAGGAUUAGGGGUGAAAGGGCUUAG